AUGGAGAGAGUUACACAAUCAUAAUUGGGAGGGGGUACUUUCACUCGUUCUCAAAUGACUGGAAAAACUAAUUUCAAUUAAGCAGCAUCUCAAGAACAUAGAGAUUUCAUUGCUUUAAUAGGCGAUAAUAUUCAGAUAAGCAGUCGAGGAUUAAAGGGGUUCACUCUAUCAUUCUGGUUGAAACUUAGUUCAAUAGUUGAUACUUAGUAAAGUAUUAUUGCGCUUCAAAAGAAUGUAAACUACUCUUCAUUAAGAGACCUAAAGAUAAACAGGGAAUAUCACGUAGUAGUGCGAUCAUAAUGGGAUGAUGUUACUAAUAUACAUUAAGUAGGUUUCUUUAUCAAUGGAUUUGACGAUCUAAAGACAAGCAUUAGAUACUUCACUCCUUUUGAAAAUUCCCAAAUUUUACUAGGAUAAUUUAGAGGAGUUGAGUCUUUUUCAGGAUAUGUGAAUAAUCUAGUUUUAUUCUUUUACCCAGCAACAGACGAAGAAAUCAGAAACAUGAAAUAGGAAUACAAUCAAAACUAAGUCUUCUAGAAAUCAGUCUAUAUCGAGAAUGUCGAGACCUAUUUGUAAUCCAAAAAAGUGCCAAUCGAUCCAUUUAUUGAACUUGGAGUUAACGACUAAUUCUUCAACGCAGAUUAGCAUGAUUUGGAUGAGGAAGCUGAGAUCCCACCUAUUAUUCCGACUGAGGUCUUGACUAAUAUAAUGAAUGAUCCAGAAAAUAGUAUGCUCAGAGCUAAGGUAGCAAAAAUUAUCUAGCCAGGAAAGUAUGAGUAUUUAAUGAAAGCAUGCGCUUUAAUGUCAGCAGGAGAGCUAACUUUUACUGGCAUAAUUGAAAUUAAUAGAUUUAUAGUCGCCUUAAGAUUCAUUAAUUCUGAAAUAACAAGUGAUGAACUCUGGUUUAUUGCUAAUUCAAGUGGUUGUGGAUCUGUCGAGGAAGAAGAAGCUAAAGAUGGAGGAGAAGAGAAAGUAAAAACCAAGCUUAUUUCCUUCUAGACAUUUCUUAGAAGCUUAAGAAAAAGCAUUCCAGAAGUAAAUGAGAUAUUCUAAGAGAGAUCAAGAUUCCUAUAUUAGCAAGAAAAUAAAGAUGUUUUUAAUGACUUGGAUAGUGAUUGUUCUGAAGAAAUAGAUGAAGAGGUUUUGGCUGCCUAAAAGAGAGAAGAGGAAAGAAUCAGAUAGGAGGCACUUACAUUGAAAUGCACAGAGUUCGAUGAAAUAGAAAUAAACUCAUUUGAUGGUGUAGAGAAUGGAUAUGAUGAGCCUACUAUUAUUCUCGAGGAAAACCCUAAUGAUGCUCUCUAAGAAUAAGAAGAAGAACUAAAUGAGGAUGAUGAAGAAGAAAAAAUGGUAGUAGGUCAAAUAGAACUUUCAGAUAAUUGGGCUGAGGGUAAAAUUGAUAUCAACAUUAAUAGGUGCUACGAUUGCUAUCUCCACUACAGUUAUUCAUGGCAUUCUGAGGAUGAAUAUGUUAAUUACUUCAAUGAAAUAGGAGAUGCCAUCCUUGCUAUAUUUUCUAAUGCUAAUGUUAUUGGAAAUUAUGAACUUCCUGAUCAUUUAGGAGAAUUCGAGGUUUAUGUCAGAGGUCUUGGAUUUAAAAGUCAAAGGGACUCCUUAGAUAGAUUCUUCUUAUUUAGAAAGUCCCAAAGAGGUAGAUUCCCAGAAAAAAAUGAAAUUCUUGACUAAUUGAUAUGUCUCUCCCUAAUAUAUGGCGAUUCAAACCAAAUGGCAACUGAUUAGAGAAUUUCAAAGAAUUAAGUGUUGAUUCCACCUGCUCACAAAACAUCACACAGUCACCCUUGUGAUGCCCCUGAAAAACUUUAUACUUAACCAAAGUUAGAGAAGAAAAAUAAGUCAAUUGAAAUGAAAUGCUAUAAUAUAGGUUGUACUAAAGAUUAUUUGAGUGAUAAAAAUGCAGAUAAAAAUUGCAUGCACCAUCCAGGUCGCUAUGAUUUUGGUAGUGAACUAGGUAUGUGGCCAGAGGGAUGGACUUGCUGCAGAAAAGAAUGGGAUGCUCCACCUUGCACUCUUGGAUAGCACAGAGGUCACCCAAAGCAUGCUUUCAUUAAAUAUUGCAUCAAUCAUGGUGAAUAGAAUCCAGAUAACCAUUAUCCAGAUGGCUUUUGCGGAAGAGCAUUUAUUUGGAAAGAGCCAACUAAAAAAGGUGAAGAGGGUAAUGAUGAAGCUUGUAUGAUUCAUUCAGGAUAUUUUAAGGUUAGAAACAGAAAAACUGGAGAGGGCAUUUGGUCAUGCUGCCAUGGAGAAUCUAGAGAAACUGCUCCUUGCAGCGAAGAUAAGCAUAAAUUUGCUGAGUGGCCUGACGAAGAAGCUAAGAAAUACUUCUAUGAUAGGCCAGUGAAAUAUCCAGGUGAGAUUACUGCUAAGGGAAAUGUUGGCAAGGGAGAUUUUGAGAUUUACGGAAGAUACUCUGGUUUUUACAGAAAAUCUACAAUCAUUCCUUACGAACCAAAGAAUCCAGGAAGACCAACCAAUCUUUCAGCAGAUGAGGAAAAGAAAAUAAACAUGAAGGAUCGCUACUGUUUGAACUGGGCAUGCAGAAAAAUUUACAAGCAACUUAAUAAUCAUAAAAAAGCAUGUAAAUGUCAUCCAGGCAGAUGGGAUUUCGGUUACUCUGGCUAAAAAGUUUCAUCAGCUGUUGGUGGAGUUGAUCCAGAUGAGAUGCUCUGGAAACCUCAUUGGACUUGUUGCAGAUAAGGUUGGGAAGAGGAUGGAUGCACCAGAACUUUCCAUAGAGGCGAAUUCCUUGAUGAAUAUUCUUAACAUCCCAGAAAGUAUGAAUGGCCUGAUUGGAGAGUAUAGACUUACUUCAAGAAAACAGUUUCUUUCUUAUGGUAAAAGAAAAUAUCAGAUUAAUAUACUUAUGACGAUGAGACUUUGCUUAAGAAGUUCAAAAAGGUUGCUAAGGAUGAUGGUGUAGGAGGUAGAGUCAGAGUUGAUAGCUUAGCAGAGCUUUGCGAUAAGCUUGGUCUUCACUUAUUGAUGAACUCAGAAGAUAUGAGUUUCCAUUUCAAAUUUGUUGAUGUAAUAAAUAGCACAGCUAACAAUUACCUGGAUGAUGGAGAAGGCUUCAUUGACUUCGCUAAUAUCGAAGAAUUAAUGGUCAAGGAUGAGAAGCCACCUGCUUAACCUGAAUAAUAAUAGCAAUAAUAGCCCCCUGCCACUAAGCCAAAAUGA